CACAACACCUCAGCAGGAGUAACCGCUCGCACCUGUCUACCAUGCUCAGCCUCAUCAGACUACCUCGGGUCUUCACUGUCAACCAAGUCCCCAAAGCAUUUCAGGAGGACAGUAUAAUCUCAGGCUACCGUCAUCCCCGCAGCUCAGCCACUGACUGCAUCCUGAGCCUCUUCCAGCUGACCAAUGAGACUCUCAAUAUCUGGACACACUUCCUGCCCACAUGGUACUUCCUGUGGAAGCUGCUGGCGGUGAUGCUGAUGCAGGAGGAGGGGGGGUGGCGGGAGGCCUACACCUGGCCCCUGCUGGUCUUCCUGCUCUCCUGCUGCGUCUACCCGCUGGCCUCCAGCUGUGCGCACACCUUCAGCACCAUGUCCACCAGCGCCCGGCACAUAUGCUUCUUCUUCGACUACGGGGCCAUCAGCUUCUACAGCCUGGGUUCUGCGGUCACGUACUCCGCUUACGUAAUGCCAGACAACUGGGUGAACGGCACCUUCCAUAAGUACUAUGUGUCCAUCGCCGUCUUCAAUGCAGUCGUUGCCACGGCAAUGUCCUGCUACUCCAGAUUCCCAGAGAGCCAAAGCCCAAGGUUUGGCCAACUUGUCCGCAUCCUCUCCUUCGCCCUUCCCUACUUGUUUGACAACAUUCCCCUCUUCUAUAGGCUGUUCCUGUGUUCUGGCGAGGGCUGCACCACCAAUGCUGCCAACGCGCUGCACUACCGCCACAUAGGCCUGGCCUUCCUCACUGCCUUCCUGUGUGCCACCCACCUGCCCGAAAGACUGGCCCCUGGACGCUUCGACUUCAUAGGCCACAGUCACCAGCUGUUCCACGUAUCCGGCAUCAUCGGGACGCUCAUCCAGAUGCAGGCCAUCGAGGUGGACAUGAGGGAGCGACGCCAUUGGCUGGCGGAGAACUCCGGCCCCGUCACGCUCUCGGCGACGUUCGGAGCCGCCGGCCUCUGCAUCACCCUCAGCCUUCUCAUCAUCCUCAUCUUCAGCCUGUCUCUGCUGCUCUGUCCUGCCAGGACUACGCAACGAGCACAGAAAGGCAAAGCCAGAGAUUGAGUCUCAGGACACAAGAGGCCUUUGCAGGGGGAGGUUUGUGGAUAUUCACUGUGUUAGGAAUAGGAAGGGGGAUUCAGUUAAAAAAAAAAAGAAAUGCAGUGUUAAUUCAACACUUAAAGGUACAGUAUGCAGGAUUAUGACCAGAGUAGGUGCUGCAACUAUGUGUUGCCUAUUCCCAAAUUUGAUCUUUUCAUGAAUAUUUACUAAGUAAUAGACUACAGUAAUAUACUAGUAUGACCAAAGUACAGUAAGUUUUACAGCUAAAAAUGACCAUUACUGGAAAUUCCAAGUGGUGGACAUGGAGAACAGGCAACUUCUCUUGUAUGAAAAGUGUCAUUUUCUCAUUCAUAAUGAAUACUUUGAAUUUCGUGGUGGUAGUAAGUAUUGAUUGAAAAAGAUAACAUUUGUGAAUGAGCAGCAUGAAUUCUGGAAAUGAACGGCUAAAAAUAUGACAAACUGUACCUGUACUGAGAGAUGGGAGAGGAUCGAGAAAUUACCUCAUGCCGGAAUCGAACCCUGGUCCCCGGCGUAACAGUCAAUGCCCCAACCGUCUGAGCCACGGCCGGGGCCACACUGCAUUUUUAACUGUGUAGACGCGGUGCUAUAUGAGGAGUAGUAUGACCUUUUAUGACCUUAAUGAUGUCAUGCAGUGAAAAGGUAUACUCUGAUUGGCUCUGAUUGGAGGGUGAAUUUGGGAAGUGGGGUGCUACUAUGAAGUCAAGCCAGGGCUGAACUUGUCAUCUGGCAUACAGGGCAUUUUCCUGGUGGAGCGGACAGUCAUCAGGGGCCAUUGGAUUUUAUUUCCCCCUUUUUGGACCAGCCGACAAUUUAGACAGGGUGGCCCAUUGGUUUAUUUUUAUAUAUAUAGACAAUUGACUAUCAACUU